AAAUUAUUGUUGAGCCUCGCCGUUACUUUUCAAGUUUAUUUGAGAACUUCUCACACAAUUUCUAACAAUGAGGGAGAUUGUUCAUAUCCAGGCCGGUCAGUGCGGAAACCAAAUCGGUGCCAAGAGAUUAAAGCCGGCAACAAGGACAUAUUCACACCCAUGGCCUCAUUAAAGAUGCACACGUCCUCUGUGGCAUCAAAAAUGAGGUUAAAUCGUCUUCAUCCUUCAUAAGACUUCGACAUGCCUUUCAAAUGAUGAGAUUGUGAGUGUCUGUUGAACUCAUCUGAGGUCAGGGUGGGGAGGAGGAGGCAUUCACAAAUGGACUUAAUGGCUCUAACAGCUGCAGCCCAUCCCCACUAUGUUCUGGGAGGUGAUCAGUGAUGAACAUGGGAUUGACCCAACAGGAACCUACCAUGGAGACAGUGACCUGCAGCUGGACAGAAUCAGCGUCUACUACAACGAAGCUACAGGAGGUAAAUAUGUACCAAGAGCUAUUCUAGUUGAUCUGGAGCCCGGCACCAUGGACUCCGUGCGUUCAGGACCAUUUGGACAGAUCUUCAGACCAGACAACUUUGUAUUUGGACAGAGCGGCGCUGGUAACAACUGGGCCAAGGGCCACUACACAGAGGGGGCGGAGCUUGUUGACUCUGUCCUGGAUGUGGUCCGUAAGGAGUCUGAAAGCUGUGACUGCCUGCAGGGCUUCCAGCUGACUCACUCCCUUGGUGGUGGUACCGGGUCUGGAAUGGGUACCCUGCUGAUCAGCAAAAUCCGUGAAGAGUACCCAGACCGCAUCAUGAACACCUUCAGCGUGGUGCCUUCCCCAAAAGUCUCUGACACCGUAGUGGAGCCUUACAACGCCACACUGUCUGUCCAUCAGUUGGUGGAGAACACAGACGAAACCUACUGCAUAGACAAUGAAGCCUUAUACGAUAUCUGCUUCCGCACCCUCAAACUCACCACUCCCACAUACGGCGACCUCAACCAUCUGGUCUCUGCCACCAUGAGUGGUGUCACCACCUGCCUGCGCUUUCCCGGCCAGCUGAAUGCUGACCUGCGCAAAUUAGCCGUCAACAUGGUGCCCUUCCCCCGUCUGCACUUCUUCAUGCCCGGCUUCGCUCCUCUGACCAGCCGAGGCAGCCAGCAGUACCGCGCCCUCACCGUGCCUGAGCUCACGCAGCAAGUUUUCGACGCCAAGAACAUGAUGGCGGCCUGUGAUCCAAGACACGGACGCUACCUGACCGUCGCCGCCGUGUUCCGUGGCCGCAUGUCCAUGAAGGAAGUCGACGAGCAGAUGCUGAACGUCCAGAACAAGAACAGCAGCUACUUCGUGGAAUGGAUCCCCAACAACGUCAAAACCGCCGUCUGCGACAUUCCACCUAGGGGCCUAAAAAUGGCCGUCACCUUCAUCGGCAACAGCACGGCCAUCCAAGAGCUGUUCAAGCGCAUCUCCGAGCAGUUCACAGCCAUGUUUAGGCGUAAGGCUUUCCUCCACUGGUACACGGGAGAGGGGAUGGACGAGAUGGAGUUCACCGAGGCUGAGAGCAACAUGAAUGAUCUGGUGUCUGAGUACCAGCAGUACCAAGACGCCACCGCCGAGGAAGAAGGCGAAUUUGAGGAAGAGGCCGAUGAGGAUGCUUAAGAAGUAAACAAAAGGUGUUUGGGGAGGUGGUAGUGUGUACAAGUUUGAGUACAUGUAGCAAAACGCAUAUGGAACAACUUUUAGUGUCUCUAUCAAAUCAAGUAGAAAUUAGCACUAGACAAACGGGGCCAAAAAUAACCAGAGGAAGGCAGAAAGAAUGUUCUUAAACAUGGAAUGGGUGGAUAACAGUGUUUACCAUUAUAAAUCACUCACUUUUUUUGUGUAUUUCUUUACCAUUCUGAUGGUCAGGUCCUCUCUGUACAGGACAGGGAAGAAUAAAGUGGCAAACAUCCAGUUAGAAUCAAUGUUAUAAAUGGAUGGAUGGUGGGGUUUGGAGGACGGUUUCAAUGUUUCAAUGUUUUCUUUUGUUAUUUUUGCACUAGAACAGGGCAACUCUGUGAGAUAAUGGCACUUCAAUGUGACCUCAGCGGGUCUGAUUGCAGUAUUUAGACAAAUGUUUGGAAAAGUAUGUUGUGUGAAAGAUGAAGGAAAAGAAACGGAUUGAAAGAAAGAUAAGGUUCAGAAUAACAGGGUUAUUUACUGAAUCUUAACCUCGCUUGGACGCCAGCCAACGUCUACAGGAGGAAUGACUAUGACUAAUGACAUGGACGAUACAGGAAAGUAUUUUAGAUUAUCCAGAUGGAAAGACGAGAGUUUUAGAAUGUUGAAUUGAUUGUUGGUGCAAAUUUUUCACCAUCUCAUAUCUGAGCCCAUACUUUUGAGUGUUACUCAAUAUUCUUUAUUACAUAUUUUAAAUGCUUUGAUGUUCAUUGAUUGUCCCUGUGUGGAAAAAAACUGAGCCUCUGGAAAAAAACAAAAUAAAAAUGAAAACAAUUUCAUUAAAAAUCAA